AUGGCGACGAUUACUGGUCCAGGAUCUCACGUCAAAAAGACUUCGUUUGCUGAUCUGAAACUUAAAGCGUUGGGUCACCGGAGUCACGAUCUCACCAAAUUCAGUCUCCCGAAGAACGGGAGGACAGUGGGUGGCAGUGAAAUCGCCAAUGCCCUAAACGUGGGCGAGGGCAAAUGCGGCUGGCUUGAUCAUCCCGUCAUGAUAUCUUCACAAAUUUUCAAAACACGCCCCGAAAGCACUCUGACAGGUCUGAGGUCGCCGGGCGCUGGAGGGAAGACGCGACAGGAGUCCACAGAUAGUGGCUGCGGCGGCGGCGGCGGCAACAGGGACAGGCCACUCCCCGUUUCCUCGUUCACCACUAACACUGGCAUCGUCCGUUGUAACUGUCAUGAUGAGGUGGCUAAAACUGGUCGCCUGGGGGUCACGGCGACUGAACAGGCAGCACAACCCGCCAUCGCCUCGACCUCACCUCUUCCGAUCCCAUUGAGUCCCGAAACCAAGCCAGAACCACUCCGCACGACUAGAGGUGGUCGAUGUGUCGGUUUUCUGGAACACUUCGUGUCUAUGCUGUAG